AGGGCUGGAGCCCAGCAGGAAGUGCUGCCAGGGAGCGGGGAGCCCCAGACACAGUUACAGGUACAGGGGUGCAUGGCCAACUUUGCUUUACAUUUGUGCUUUGUAAGCCAACAGAGUUAGAGGCAGAUGAAAGUGCAUGGUGGGGGUUGCUGCAGGUUUGCAUCACUUGUGCCCAGAGACCACAAAGCCUCUGAGAUGGCCUCUGGGAAGGCAGGCACUAGGGACAUCAAAAUGGUGCCCUGGGCUGGGAGAUAUGAUGCUUGCCAUAGUGGUAGAUGAGGAGUCGGUGGGGUAGGAGGCAGAAAGACACAAAGAGAUGGUGCAGAAUGGACUGGGGGCAGAACUCUGUUGGGGUCCAGGUGCACUGGUGAGUACAUCAGGUAUGGAAUGGUGUGAGGAUGUCUUCAGUGCUGUGGGCCUGGGGGUCCCUGGGCAGGGGGACAGCAAGAGCCUCCAGUUGCACCCAAGCUGCUUGCUGGCAAGGCAGUGUGCGCAAUUUGCUUGUUACUGUGGCAAGGCAGAGGUUUCCUCCCUUUACAUUACUUGGCUUGUGCGUGUUGGGGAAGGUCAAGUCACCAGGACAAAAGAGCUGAGCGGGAAAUAUGGUGUUCUCCAUUAAAAUUCCUUUAGGAAAAAUGCUAGUAGGAAAUAUAUAUACAUGUAUAUCAUUCUACAUGAAGUCUUCUUCAGAGGUAUAAUUUUAGGUGGAAAGAAUGAAAGUACGAGGCAAAAUGAGAAGUGCCGCAAGGUAGAUAUCAGGAAAAAUUCCUUCUCAGAAGGAUUGGUGAGGCAGUGGCACAGGCUGCCCAGGGAGGUGGUGGAGUCACCGUCCCCAGGGGUGUGGAUGUGGCACUGAGGGACAUGGUUAGCGGGCAUUGGUGGGGAUGGGAUGGUACUUGGGGUGGAUGAUCAUUGAACUCUUUUCCAACCUUAAUUCUAUGAUUCUGUGGUAGAGGUGGAAGGUCCGUGCUGUGCUGCAGCCUGGGGCUUGUCCUCAGCCUGGGCACUGCUGUGAGAGUGUGGCAGGAGCUGGGGCUGGGAGUGCUACUGGCUUUGGUGGGGAAACUUAGAGCUGGUCUCCAGCUUAGGGCUCUAAGGUUUUUAUCUCUGGGUUUGAAACAGUGAUGACUGUGGCCUAACUCAGUUAUUUGCUUAUCUGGGUGAAUAAUUUGAGCAUCAACUUAAAGUGUUUGUUACGUUCUUACAUAGGUAAGGAAAUGCAUUGCUCCUGUGUGCCAGUUCAGGACAGGCUCCUGCCAGGGGCCAGGAUGCUGUGGGUGGCCCUGGCUGUCCCCCAGCUGGGCUCUGUCCCUGCCAUGUCCCUGUCUGCUCCUCACACUGUUAUCACCUUUGAAUCAUAGAAUAUCCCAAGUUGGGAGGAUCAUCAAGUCCAACUCCCAGCUCCACACAAGACUACCCUUUCUCUGCAGGGUGGGGCUGGAUGGGAAGAGGCACUCAGCAUUACCCACCUGCACUUACAUAGACCAAAAAAUGGCCAGUGCCAGACAAGGGGGAAAAAAUAAAGUCUGGGAAGCCACCCCAACACACCUUUUUGUCACCUGAAAUACUCAUUUGCCCCUAAAUUGGGGAAAUUGGGCUAACCUCAGGGCACAUGUGUGGUGCAGUGUCUCUCUUCCUCUCCUCAUGACACAAGAAAACACUGAGCAAGGACUCUUCCCAUCGUAUGCUGUGCUGCUCGGCUCGUGGCCUCGCCUGCUGACUGCAUGGAAAGCACGGCCGGCUUCCUGCCCGCUGAUGAUAGCAUCAGCUCUUACUCAUUUUUAAUCAGCUCUGAAAACAGCAGCCAGUUUCAUGCUGGAAAAGAGGCAUCAGCCCCAGACCUGCAAUCCUUUCCUCAGCAGGCCAUGUCCUCCUCCAUCAGAAUCGAAUCUGUCGUGAAGGAGAAGAACCGGAUGGGAGAAUGCCCGGUGUGGGAAGAAUGGGAGAAUGCGCUCAUCUAUGUUGACAUUAACAGCCAGAAAGUCUGUCGCUGGAGCGCGGUCAGCUGCGAGGUGCAGUGUGUGUCUGUGGAUGCCCGUGUCAGCUCCGUGGCCCUGAGGCAGCAUGGGGGCUACGUCAUCACCCUGGGGACCAGGUUUGCCUUUCUGGACUGGGACAGCCAGAAGGUCACCACCAUCCUCGAGCUUGAGCAGGAUAAACCCAACAACAGGUUCAAUGAUGGCAAAGUGGAUCCAAAGGGGAGGUACUUUGCUGGCACGAUGGCUGAGGAGACAGCACCAGGGGUCCGAGCAAGACGGCAAGGGGCUCUCUAUACUCUUUUCCCUGACCUAUCAGUAAUAAAACAGUUAGACCAAGUGGACAUCUCCAAUGGUCUGGACUGGUCCCUGGACCACAGGACCUUCUUUCACAUUGACAGCCUGGCGUACGCUGUGCAUGCCUUCAACUAUGAUGUGCACACUGGAAAGAUCGUCUGCCCCAGACUCGUGUACCACUUGGAGGAGGAGGAGCGGAUGCCCGACGGGAUGUGCAUCGAUGCAGAGGGGAAGCUCUGGGUGGCCUGCAUUGAUGGCGGAAGAGUGAUCCGCAUCGAUCCGGAGACAGGAAAAAGAAUCCAAACUGUGAGGCUGCCAACUUCAAGGAUCACCUCCUGCUGCUUUGGAGGAAAGGACUACGCGGAGAUGUAUGUGACAUCUGCCUACGAUGGGCUGGACGAGGCCACCCUUGCCAAGGAGCCCCAGGCAGGAGAGAUAUUCAAGAUAACAGGCCUGGGUGUUAAAGGGAUCCCACAGAAUUUUUUUGCUGCUUAGAAGUCAUCACUAAGUAACAGAUGAGAAGUGCUUGCCUCUUGUAGUAAUUCUGGGAAGGAGAAGUUCAAUGAACUACGGAAUCCAUCCCUGUGAAGAUUUCUAAACCCAUGCUUGAGAAUGUGCUUGUUUGGAACUGAAGAUAUUCCUUCUUCUGUGGGCCCAUGGCAAGCUACAGUAGGUCAGAGAGGUAAAGUGUUACAACUUGACAUCUUUUGUAACUUUACAUAAACCUCUUUGCGCUUGAGCUUAGUUUUUUUUUUUUUUUUGAGCUUUCUGAUGACCAGCUCUGGAUUUCCAUGUCUCUGUGGUUCCCAAAGCAGAUCUGACUGCUGGUCUGUCUCUUCAUGAGACGAUGCAAGAGAAACGAUAUGGCUGAUUUUAAUACACAUCUUGAGAGUGAUAACUGGAACAGGACUGCUCCUUUGCUGCGGGCUUUCAUCUCUUAUUUGAAGUAUUCAGGCUCCAAUUUUAGGUCCUAGGCUGCAUGCAUUCAUUUCCAUUUGCUUUGUCACAAAUUCUUCUAUUUUGCCUCUAGGCCAUCAUUCAUACCUUGAAAAUAAACUACACAACCACAUUUAAAA